ACACCGUCCCGCUCGCCACGCGUUGUCCCUGCGGUGCGCUCGCGUCCGCGCCCCACGGAAAUUCUUACGCGAAAAUUUCCGUGAAAUUUUUCGAAAUUUUCACACGGGAUAGUUCCCGCGCGCAGUGAGUGUUGUGCACGAAUUUUCAAAAUUUCGGCAAAUUUGAAAAAAAAUCGGCCAUAGUAUAAGGUAAUCGCGUCGCCAGCGAUCGAGUGCCAUUUGGACGGUUCCGCGUUUGUUUCAGUUUUCUGUUUGAUUUUUCGAAAAUACCCACUACUCGGUUAGUUUUGUGUGGCGUGAAGUUGGUGUUUAUAAUUACUAUGGAUGCGUUAAACAGGAAACCAGGAUCCUAAAAUUGGAAUUUCAGUUAUUUGAUGGCCGUGUCAAAUAUGCAGUUAUUCUCGACAAAAACGGAGACAAACUUCAAAACCGGACGCUUCAUCAGUGUUGAAUCAAAUUUGCUCCGAAAACAGAUUUUCAGGACUUCUGAUGCACGAACCGAUGAAGUCUAAACAUCUGGAUGGUCGUUCAUGACCUUAAGUGUCUUGCAUCAUCUAACAAAAGCGAAGGAUUCAGUUUCUUCUCCCAAGUAAAGCACUCCUUUCGAAAAUUUAUGAAAAAUAAAUUCAUCCUUCAAGUUCUCUUCUAGCCGAAUGAAUCAGGGUGCAAUCAACAGAACUAGUACACGGAAAAUUUAUUAAUGCAACUUUAAAUCAUGCUCAAUAUUAGUGAUUAUUGGUUUUAACCAGUUUUCACCGGUGACUGUCAUCUCGAGCACACUUAAUAGUAUGUGAAAUUAAAUCAGGAAUACUAUCCUGAAAUUCAGUGCGAGAAAAAUUUUGCCACAGGAGACGAUGGUGAGUUCAAGUCAACAAAUUAGCUUGAACAAAUAUUAGCCUCGCCUGUGGCCUUUCGAUUCCACACAAGCAUUUUCCUCGAAGCUUUUAUCCCUCGAAUGAAAAUGAGUGAUUUUUCCCACUGCGCAGAUAACUGAAGCGCGCUGUGGAAAACCUCUAAUUUCCAGGCCUGCGGAUGAGUUUUAAGAAUGGCCUGACAAUUAAUACCUAAGUGAAAAUCCACGCUCUUGCGGGAGAUACAGCGAAAGCGUAGAACGGCGGCGCGAAGCAUGUAUUUUAUUAUUCAUGGCAUGUCUCAAUGGAAGAUAUUAUUUCUGGAAAAUGUCAUGAAAAAUAUGGAAUUCAAUUAGCUCCCUCUAUAUACUUUGGGAAAGUAAAUUUUUCCGCAGGAAAAUGUCUCGUCCGCUACUUGCCUCGUGAGAAGAACAAACUACGAUGAGAGUCCAUUUUAAAAUGCGGAGCUGCACGAUUUUUUACGGGUUGCUACCAAUGCUAUCGUGGACUUUUUCUUUAAAGAGCACUCGUUCUUAUCCCGGGAUGAAUUUAGAUUUCACUCACUAAUUUUUCAUACGUUCUUACGAAUAAUAAGUUCGUUUAGGCUUUUCUUUAGGAAUUCAGUGUUCGAAGCGUUAACGUUUUUCUCGUAAGUUCUUCAACAGUUAUCAAUACGGCCUUUCGCGUUACAAUAUACUCCCACCGAUUCUUGACGUGAAGGGUUAUUUUUAGAACAAAGUAAACCGAAUAUCAGAGAAUCUAGUUAAAGUGGGUAUUUUCUUAUUCGUACCGUCGGUUUGUAACACUUGUGCGGUUAAAUUUUCCGGGAUCGAUAGCUUUUGUCCAGUUCCAGAGUCGGAGGAUUACAAGUAGUUGAAGGAAAGCAUAUCUAAGUGUUCUACAAAGAAGUAGCGCCUACUUUUGCAUUGCUCUACGAUUGAGAAAAGUCUUCUUUAACAUCGCUCUACGGGUCUGCGAGUUGCUCAACGGGCGAUAAGCUUCUCUUUUGAGUGGUCUACGCAUAUCAAGAGCCUGCUCUUGCACUUUUCUACGAAACGAGUAGAAUAAUCGAGUUGUUGAACAGACAGUAGACUACUCUCGAGUUGUUGAACAGACAGUAAACUACUCCCGAGUAGCUGAACAGACAGUAGACUACUCUCGAGUUGUUGAACAGACAGUAGGCUACUCUCGAGUUGUUCUACGCGCAAGUAGAGCCUUUCUGGAGCUUCGAGCAGACGAUGGAUGGUCUGGCCUUCUACAACUCGAGCAGCUAUGAGGACCCAUUCGACACUCAGAACGAGACGCUGGAGCAACUGUUGAACCGGCUUCGGGGGCCGAAACACCUCCCGUUGGAGAUCGUCCUGCCGAUAACUAUCGUCUACGUUUCCAUUUUCUUGACCGGGGUUGCCGGGAACCUCGCCGUCUGCCUGGUCAUCGUCCGCAACUCUUCCAUGCACACGGCCACCAACUACUACCUCUUCAACCUGGCUGUCUCCGAUCUAACCCUCCUCCUCUUAGGAUUGCCAAAUGACCUUAGUGUGUACUGGCAGCAGUAUCCCUGGAUGUUUGGGGUAGCGUUAUGCAAACUGAGAGCUUUAGUCUCCGAAAUGGCCUCAUAUCUCAGCUGCCUGACAAUCCUGGCGUUCUCGAUGGAGCGGUAUCUGGCCAUUUGUCAUCCGCUGCAUUCGUAUGCCAUGGCCGGGCUCCGGCGGGCCGUUCGCAUCAUCGCCGUCCUCUGGGUCCUGGCCCUCCUCGGCGCCUCCCCCUUCGCAGCCUUCACCACUGUCAAUUACAUAGACUACCCCCCAGGUUCGGGCCUUCUGGUGUACGAGAGUGCAUUCUGUGCGAUGCUGGACUCGAACAUGCCUGCCAAUUGCCCCAUAUAUGAACUGAGUUUUCUAAUUUUCUUCCUCAUUCCAAUGCUCAUUAUCAUAGUUUUAUACGUCCGGAUAGGCUUGAAAAUUCGAAAGCGAAAUAGGCAUUCUCUGGGCAAGAGAGUGGAGGGCACUGUUCACGGAGAAACUAAAAACUUCCAGUCUAGAAAGUCUAUUAUUAGAAUGUUAAGUGCAGUUGUGAUAACGUUCUUCCUCUGCUGGGCCCCGUUCCACGCGCAACGGCUCAUGUACGUGUACGCGCGGGACACGAAGUACUUCUCGGAGCUGAACGAGUGGGUCUACUACAUAACCGGCGGGCUCUACUACGUCUCGUCGACGGUGAACCCGAUCCUGUACAACCUCAUGUCGGUCAAGUACCGCAACGCCUUCAAGGCGACGCUCUGCAGCAUCAACUCCCACUCGUCCCGCUCGAGGGACCGCUUCUCCAGGGACAUCCAGUCCAGCUUCCGGGACACCAUCGUCGAGGUCGGCCACGACUCCCCGCAGUGGAACAAAAAGUCCGUCAAGAGCAAGCCCCUCGCCCAGACGGACGUCGUCGUCAUGGUCAAGCCGGCCAACAACGCCUGUACAGGAGCUAAUGGUCGAGAGCACAGUCCACUCUUGUAACAUUUCGGAAAA